AUGACAGGUAAGCGACCACAUGAUGGCGGGGCGGAGGGCGGCGAGGAGUUGGAGCGGAAGAAGCAGGCGACGGCGCAGAAGAUGGAGGAGUUGAAGAAGCGCUUUGCGGCCAAGAAGCCGCAGAAUGGAGGAGGCAAUACUAAUACAGCACCACCGCCCCAAACACUCCCGGUCCAAGCAGCACCACAGGCAGCUACCACCAACGGCGGCGACUCGACGGAGAGGAAGAAGGCAGAGGCAGCAAAGAGGAUCGCAGAGAUCAAGGCCCGCGUCGCAGCGCAAAAGGCGGGCGCUUCUCCUGCGAAUGGAGCUGCCGUCGCACCACCGCCUCCACCACCCAGCGAGCCCUCAUGGAGAGCAGAGGCGAGACAGAGAGCAGCCGCGGCGGCCAGGAAGAAGGAUUCGCCGGCAGCGCCAACACCACCGCAGAGAGUCGAGAGCCGGGGUCCGCGAGGAGGACUGGGUAUAGGACUGCAUCCUUCGCUGCUGAACGAUACCACUGGAGACAAGAGCAAGGGUCCGCAAGGCCCAAAGUUCAGCACAACCAAGGGCAACCAGCAGCCUGAAAAGCCCAAAGUCAACCCAUAUCUCGCGGCGGACGAGCCAGUCGCAGAUGAAUCAGAGCGGUCUGCCUUUGCGCCAGCUGCUCGCAAGCAGGCCGAGCGCAGAAGUAAAGCACUUGUCUUCAGCGAGAAGGGCAAAUACAUGGCUCAGGCGAACUCUCUGCGCAACCAAGCCAGGCUGGAGGAGAUGAAGCGUCGCAUCGCUGCUGAGAACCGCAAGACGGAGAUUGAGGAGGCAUCAGACAAGGCUUUCUUGGUACCAGAGCCUCCCAGUGUGGAGUGGUGGGAUGAGGGGCUACUUCCUGAGGGCCAGGAUACGUAUGAGAAUUGGGAGGAGCCUGGUCGAAACAAGAUUGAGACCGAGGAUACCAUCGUCACCGCCCUCAUCCAGCGUCCAGUCUUGCUCACAGCACCGCAAGACCGGUUCCAGCCAGCACCCAAACCGCUCAUGCUCACAGCCGAUGAACAGGCGAAGCUGCGCCGACAGCGUCGCAUGGCCGACAUGAAGGAAGAGCAGGCCAAGAUUCGCCUUGGUCUUGUCGAGCCACCCCCACCAAAGGUCAAGAAGUCGAACAUGAUGCGGGUGUUGGGUGAGCAGGCAGUCAAAGAUCCAACUGCCGUUGAGGCGCGCGUGAAUCGCGAGAUCGCGCAGCGUCAACACGACCAUGAACAAGCCAAUCUCAAUCGUCAGUUGACCAAAGAGGAGCGUCUCGAGAAGCUCAAACGCCAGCAGGCCGAAGACGAGGCCAAGGGUCUCAUGGUGUCUGUCUUCAGAGUGGACGACCUCAGCUGUGGCAAGCACAGAUAUCAAAUCGAUCAAAACGCCAAGGACAGCGCUCUUACCGGUAUCGUCGUUCUCAACCCUACCAUGAACCUGAUUAUUGUCGAAGGGGGUGUGCACAGCAUUUCGCACUACAAGAAGCUCAUGCUCAACCGCAUCCAAUGGACCGAAAACAUCGCGCCUCCAGCUAACAGCAACCCAACGACGUUCACCAACACUACGGAUGGAUCAAACGCCAACAUCACAGCCGGAACGAGAGGCGUGGGCAGCAAAGCCGCGCAGUGGUGCCACCCUCUCGAUGACAACGGCGAUUUGAAGGAUCUGAGUGGAAACCGGUGCGUCUUGGUGUGGGAGGGCCUUGAGGGCAGCAGGAAGUUUCAUCGCUGGGGCAGUCGCGCGUGUGAGACUGAUGGUGAGGCGAGGGAUAUUCUGGGCAAGAUGCGCAUGGAGAAUAUGUGGACGUUGGCGAGGAGCAAGUAA